AUGGUUUUCCUGUCUCGCCGACGGGAGCCAGCCCCAGAGCCGGCGCCAGCAUCUUCCAGUGAUAACGAAAAGCAAGCAGUCCCAGUUUCUCCAACUCAAAGUAGUAAUGGCAGCGGCAGCAACCUCGACGCCCCCGACGCCAUUCCAGACUACAAGCCGGAAAAUGUUGCUGCACAAAACUCGGACAUCAGCUUCUGGACCAAGAAUGGCUGUACGAGAGAGUCUUUCAAGAGGAGAAUCGUGGAGCCUGGGGAGAACCCCCUCAAUCAAACCAUGAAACCUCGGCACCUGAACAUGAUUGCGGCUGGAGGGUCAAUUGGUGCUGGCUUGUUCGUGGGAUCUGGGAAGGCGUUGGCCACCGGAGGCCCUGGAGCUCUUCUCGUCGACUUUUUGAUCGUCGCCGUAAUGGUUUUCAAUGUCGUAUACGCGCUUGGAGAACUUGCCGUCAUGUACCCAGUCUCUGGAGGCUUUUACACGUACACGUCUCGCUUUGUUGAUCCCACCUUAGGCUUUGCUACUGGAUGGAACUACGUCUUCCAAUGGGCCAUCGUGCUCCCUCUCGAACUCGUAGUUGCCAGCGUGACAGUCAGCUACUGGAACGAUACCAUCAACCCAGCUGUCUUCGUCGCUAUCUUCCUGGUUACCGUCGUCCUCAUCAAUGUUUUCGGCACGCUGGGAUAUGCUGAGUCGGAGUUUUGGGCUGCUUGCUUGAAGUUAGGUGCGAUUGUUAUCUUUAUGAUCAUUGCCUUGGUUCUCGUCCUUGGAGGAGGUCCCUCGGAUGGGAAAUACGGCGAGUAUUGGGGUGCUCGCCUAUGGCAUGAGGAUGGUGGUCCAUUCAAGAAUGGGUUCAAGGGUAUUUGCUCUGUGUUCAUCACAGCGGCUUUCUCGUUCUCGGGGACGGAACUUGUUGGCCUCGCUGCCGCCGAGUCCGCAAAUCCUGCCAAAGCCCUACCAGGUGCGAUCAAGCAAAUCUUCUACCGCAUUACAAUGUUCUACAUAUUUGGCUUAUUCUUCGUCGGGCUCUUGGUCAGCGCCAACGAUCCUCGACUAAUCGGCUCCAAGGACCCUAACGAUUCCAAGUCUAGUCCCUUCGUUAUCAUUGGGCAAGACGCAGCUCUUUACGGCUACAAUCAUUGCACGUUCAUGAACGCCGUGAUCCUCAUCUCCGUAAUCUCCAUCGGGAUGUCGGGCGUCUAUGGCGGCUCCCGCACCCUCUGCGCACUCUCUGAACAAGGAUACGCUCCCAAGCUGUUCUCCUACAUCGACAAGUCAGGACGUCCCCUCUUCGCUGUCAUCGUCUUUCUUACUUGCGGCCUCAUCGGAUUCGUCAAUUGCUCCGCAAGCGGGCAAACCAUCUUCGACUGGCUACAAGCGCUUUCCGGUUUGGCGGUCUUGUUAACGUGGGCGAGUAUCUGCCUGGCCCAUAUUCGCUUCCGCGCGGCUUGGAGACAUCAGGGUCAUACGGUGGAUGAGAUUCCGUUCAGAGCGGUCUUUGGCGUUUAUGGCAGCAUGGCUGCGUUGGCUAUGAUAAUGCUUGUUUUGAUGGCACAGUUCUACGUUGCGCUCUAUCCAUUCAGUGCAAACGGUCACGUUGGCAAUGCCGAAGACUUCUUCAAGUCUAUGCUUGGUCUGCCUGUCGUGAUCUUCUUCUUCGUCUGUGGGUAUUUCUGGAAGAAGCCUCUGUGGCUGACUCUGGAUAAUAUCGAUUUGGAUACUGGGCGGAGAGAGAUCGACUGGAAUCUCAUCAGGGCUGAAAGGCAGAGGAUUGCUGGCCUGCCGCUCUUCAAGAGAAUGUAUUACUUCUGUUUUUAG